UAGUUGCAGCCUCCCCUAUUUUGUCCAAAAACUCAUUGACCACGAGGACAAUGGUCGCUCCCACGUCCAUCCAUCAAUGGACGUGAUGUCCUUAUAUUUUUCAACAGUGGCCAGCACGCGAGGGCUGAACAUUAGCACUCUUUUGGGCUCGACCCAAGUUGUGCUUGGUGCAACGAGUGGGCGUAUAUGUGUUGGUGCAGAAGAUCUUGUUGCCAUUGUUGUUGUUGCUGAUGUUGGCCUUGUGCCGCAUGCUGCACAACUUGUUGCAGCUGGAUUUGGUGUUGUGCCUCCCGCACUUGCUCCUGUUGUUGCUGCGGCAGUUGUUGCUGCUGCAUUAACGUUUCUUGCUGCAGCUGGAUUUGGUGAUGUGCCUCCUACGCUUGCUCCUGUUGUUGCUGCGCCAGUUGUUGCUGCUGCAUUAGCAUUUGCUGUUGGCAUUGUUGUUGUUGCUGUUGUUGGCAUUGUGCCGCAUGCUGCACAGCUUGGUACACAGUUUGUUGUAGCUGGAUUUGGUUCUGUGCCUCCCGUGCUUGCUCCUGUUGUUGUUGCACCAGCUGUUGCCGCUGCAUUGACUUUUGCUGUUGGCAUUGCCCAUCGUGGUGCACUUGGGCUUGUUGUUGCUGUGCUUGCAGGAAUUAUUGGCAUUGUGCCUCAUACUGCACCACUUGUUGUAUUUGAAUGUGCUGCUGUGGCUCCCUGGCUUGCUCUUGUUGUUGCUGCUGUGCCAACAGGUGUUGCCCCUGCCGCUGAGAUUGCAUCUGCUGUUGGCUUUGCUGUUGGCCAUGCACCACCUGGUUCAUUUGGGAUUGUUGCUGCCUUGGUUGCAAUUGUUGUUGACAAUGUGCUGCUUGCUGCUCAGCUUGCUGUAGUUGGGUGUGCUGUUGUGCCUCCCGGGCUUGCACGUGGCACUGCAUUAGGUAAGACUGUGCAUUCACUUGCAGUUGUGGUUGCUGUUGUUCUAUGGUGGACAGCAAAUGAUCUUGUUGUUGUUGUUGCCGUUGUUGACAGCAUUGCACAACCCCGGGCUCUUUGUCAUUGGCGGUGUUGUUCUCCUCCUCAGACAAGGCGGCGGAGGGUGGGUUCCUUGACUUUGGCGGUGUUGUUGUCUUCCUCAGAUAGGGCGGCGGAGGGCUGGGAUGGUGUCGACCGCGAGGGCUUCUGGGGCAGUUUGGAGGGAAGGAACUUGAUCUCCCCUGUCAGUUCUGAGACUACCUCUUUCAUGCGGGCAGGUGACGGUCGAGUUGUGAUUGCAGUUUGAUUUUGCGGGUCCUCAGGUUGCUCCCGCCCGCCCUGUCCCGGGGGGUCAUCCUGCAGCGUCCCCCUUCCCUUUGGUCGAGGUGUCCUGUCUGAGGCUGUGGAAUUGAAGGGGAGUGACUCUGCAGUUUUUGGUGGUCAGCUAGUAGCAGUUUGUCUUUAGGCGUAUGAGGGGAUUGGUCAUGUUGCCUUGCCGGUGACUGAUCCCAAUGUUGGGCAAAAGCAGCAUCCUUGAUUUUAUUAAGCAGGGAAUUGGCUUUAAACCAUAUUCCCUGAGGGGUGAGGGCUUUCCCUGUGCCUGCCUCAGGUUCAGUUUUGCCCCCCCCUACUUACCUGGUAAUUGCGAUUUACAG